AUGGAGAAGCAAGUCAUGUGGCCAAACCCAGAGCCAGAAUGGGAAGGGUCUACCAAAUGUCUGAACACCAGCAGGAUCCUGGGAGCCACGAAUAGCUGGGAGCCUGCCUCAGUGCAGGCGACCAAGGGGCUGGGCCUUCAGCAGCUAGACAAAACUCUCUGCCCCUUGCUGUCCUCCCUCUGGGGCGUCAGUAGAGCUGAACCACAGCCAUCCCACCCCCAGCCCUUCAGUGCUUGCUGCUCCUACAUUUCCACACCAGGUCCUGGGUCUAACCAUCGGACCUUGGCCUUCUGCUUCGGCCUGUCUGAGUUCCGCCUGCACCAUGGAUGGGUCCUCGCUGCCAGCCAGGCAGAGCACCAGCCACGCAAGAUGAAUAUCCCGCCGCCGCCACAAAGCAGGCCUGCGGUCCCUGCCGCGCCCCGCGCCGGGCCGGUUCGCUCACAGCCACGCUCGCUCGGCUCCUCUGUUGCGACGCUAGGUGAAGCCGAGAGAUCCGCGGGCGGCGGCGAGCCGCCGAAAGCGCGCCUCCGGAGAGGCCCUCCCGCCGCGCACCCGGCCGGGUCCGCGGGCCCGACCAGCAGCCUCGCACAAGGUCACCGCUCGCCGCGACGGGUGCGCGCGCCCCCGCCUCGCACGCGCUCCAGGCUGGGGCGCGCCCGCACACUCCCGGGGCCGCCCCUGCGACCUUGGUCCCCAGAGACAGCGGGCCGCGUGGGGGCGGGCUCGGAGCAGGGAGACCCGAGCCACGGGCGGGGGCGCGUGAGGGGACAAUGGCGGCGCUGGGCCCUAAUUGGGGACAUAUGUCCCCGCGCGCGGCCAUUGUGCGGCCCGGAACUCCCCGCACCCCCGCGCCAGCCAUUGGUCGCUGGGCCUGACGUCAUGCGGGCUGCAAACUCUGGGCGGGCGGCCGGGGGAAGGGUUAUCCGCCUGGUUGCGGGGCCGCGUCGGGGAGCUGCAGGCGCGCGGGAGGGCGGAAAACCACCAGUGAAACCGAAUUUCUGGAGCAAGGGCAGAGCAGCCCCUCUCCGCUUUCACACUCCGCUCGCUGCAUCGCCGCUGCGCUCGACCUCCGCCCCUUGGGGGAAGGGCAGGGGUGCAGAAGGCCUCUCCAGCGGGCACGGGGUCAGCCCGGGUGACCAAGCGGCGGGGACACACUGCGACACGGGGUGCGCGCAGCACUUCCACACGGCGCUUUCGCUGCCUCAGCAUUCGCUGCUUCUCCGCUCGCCUCCCCCACCUGCCCCCGCAGAUCCCUCGCCUCCACACCCGACAGCUGGGCUGGCCGGACCGACCAUUCUGGGGUCCGCCCUGUGUUCUUCCCUCAAAGAUCCCGAGUCCGGGCUCGUGGGCCCCAGGCCUGCUUCCACCUCUCCUCCCACGCCGCACAAUGCUGCGGACGACCCCCGCCCCCCGCCCGCCGCCGUCGCCGCCGCCGCCGCCGCUCGCUCCGGCUGCAGAACAAUAAAGCAAGGCUCCCAGAGACCCCCGCAGAGGACCCCCGCCCGGCGGCCGAGCCCCCGCGGCCCGCCCCUCGCCGCUCCCUCUGGCUGUGCGCGCCCGGUCGCUGGCCGAGGUGCUGGCCGGGCCGGCGCUGGCCGCGGUGCUGAAGCUGCCGGCGCUACCGCCGCCGCCGCCUUCUCCAGGCCCCGCGCCGCUACCUCUGGGGGCAUGGGGGGUCGCUGA